ACACGCGUGCGUGUUUGCUUAAUGUGUGGCCCUUUUUCAUGGCUUUUGCUAUCUCAAAUAAUUUUCCACGUAGUCACGUUUCGAAAUCACGAGUGAUUUUCAACAAAAUGAGUUCGCAUUGUAGAAUAUAUUGAAUCAAUUAACGUGACACGUGACAGCACAACUGACGUAUCGAUCAUGUUAUAAACAUCAACGAUUAUUUCUGGCCGUAUGGAGAGACGAAUAUUUAGGAGGAAAUUUCAGAGGAAAUUAUCACAAGGAUAUAUUACAUCAUUAUUUCAUGAAAUUUUGGGUGUAAAUGCUCAUAAUAUAUCGAUGAGAUAUGCGGCAUCAAAUUGGAGCAAAUCCUCUGCGAACCUCUCAGUUUGAUUUAUCUAUCGUUACGAACUACAAUAUUUGCGCUUAUCCGAGAGAUGUCCGCGGUAGAGGCAACACCGUUCAUCCGCACCAUCGAGUGGGACAUGAUGGACAAAACCAAGUUCUUUCCACUCAGCAUGCUGUCCUCGUUCUCGGUCAGAUGCUGUCUGUAUCCUCUGACAGUGAUCAAGACUCGGCUUCAAGUGCAGAGACAAAAUCACAUGUACAAUGGGAUGGUAGACGCGUGUAGAAAAAUUUAUAAACUCGAAGGCAUCGCGGGCCUCUAUAGAGGCUUCUGGAUCAGCUCCAUCCAAAUCGUUUCCGGAGUGUUUUACGUGUCGACGUACGAGGGUGUGCGUCAUUUGCUGAAGCAAGAUACACCACUCGGAAGUGUCGACUCGAAGGUUAAAGCGUUAAUCGCUGGCGGUUGUGCUAGUUUGGUAGGACAAACAAUCGUCGUCCCCUUCGAUGUUCUCAGUCAACAUCUAAUGGUUCUCGGGAUCAAUAGUACUAAACACGGCAGGGUGUACGUGGAUAAGAUGGGAAUGAAUCCGUUGGGUUUGACCCUCGAACCCGGAAAAACCCGCGCGCAAAUCUCCGCCGAAAUAAUAAGAUUGAUUUAUCAGAGAGAUGGUUAUCGCGGCUUCUAUCGGGGAUACAUGGCAUCUUUGUGCGCGUAUGUUCCUAACAGCGCCCUUUGGUGGGGAUUGUACACGGUUUAUCAAGACGAACUUAUAAGGCUGCUCCCGGGAUGGUUUUCGCAUCUGUGUAUACAGGCGAUGGCGGGCACCCUGGGAGGUUUUACGACCACGAUAAUCACGAACCCCUUGGACAUCGUGAGGGCGAGAUUGCAAGUGCAACGAUUAGACAGUAUGUUAAGUGCGUUCAGGAUACUGUGGAUCGAGGAAGGACUGCUUAUGUUCACCAAAGGACUCUCCGCGAGACUUGUACAAUCUGCGUGCUUCAGUUUCUCGAUAAUUCUAGGAUACGAGACCAUCAAGAGAGUGAGCAUAACCGAGGAGUACAAGAGUUAUAUUCGGUGGUGAGCUUCAGAGUUACUAUUAAUUACGAUUAAUUUCACACGGACGGAAUUGACGUGCAUUCCAUCCGAAAUUUUUUAUACAAUCACGACGCGCCGUUAUGUAUCGCACUUUUUACGCAUCAAACAAAAAAAGAAAGUGAGUCAUUAUUCUAUUAAUAUAUUUAUUAGUGAUAAAAAUGUCUUAUAAAAAAAGUCAUCUUCUGAAGUAAAAAAAAAUUUUCGACUAUACAAAAAGAAUGUUAUUCAUGACAUUAAGUUACAGAACGUUUCUGCGUAGCUCUAUCCAAGUUAUCUUAAUUAUAUUCGAAUAAAUAAAAAUAAUUGUAUUGUACAAUCAUGUAUGCGUGCGUUUCACGUCAUUGUUAAAACUCACGCAUUGCAAUUGGAUACAUUAUACGGUCUUAUAUAGAGAAAGAAACUUUGAAAAGAGACUUUGGUGUACAUAAAACUAUGACUCCGAAUCUAAGAUCCAGAAUUCUGCGAAACAGUGGCAAUUAGACAAGUUAUUUAUGUAAAUGUAAUGAAGCGCAUUUUGUACGCUAUCGUUAUGGUGUCAGAUGGAGUACAAAAAACUUUGUAACAUGUAUUAGAUAUGUUACUGUGAUACAAAUAUAAUAUAAAAAUAUGCCCCCAUUCGUAUUUUAAAGACGGCUUGUAUAUUAGAUACGUGUUCGCGUUUGUAUCGCAUCGCGUGCGAGAUGUAUUAACGAUAUAUUACAAUGUAUAGAUACAUUAUCCUAGUCAAAUAUGGGCAUGUAAUGUAUGCGCACGUAUUAUAUAUAAUAUAUAUAUAUGUUAUAUAUGUAUAUAAUAUAUAUCGGCCGUCCUAAAAAUACGAAUUUAGUAUGUAAUAUUUGAAUCGAAUGAAUUAUUUAGCUCUAAGAGACAUGAAAUAUCGAUAGACAAGAUACUGUAAAGAAAAGCAAGAAACACGAUUAUUUAAUAUUACCACCCAUAUAAUGUUUAUGUACAUACGGAAAAAUCAUCUGAUACAAAUCUGACGAGAGAAUGCGAAAUAAAUUUUAUCACAUGUAUUAAA